AUGUCCACACUUGCACGUAAUCGUUGGUUCGUAAUUCAUCAGAUCAUCCCACAAAACUUGCAGCUUUCCAUAGUAAUCGAUCACACUCGACCCGCCUUAUCAAAGAUUCGCAAGGUCCGUUUUGAUUUCUUGGAUACGCGGACCGUUUCCCUCGGAAAACCGAUCCUUAAUCUCUUGCCACAGUUCUGCUGGAUCUUCUUUGUUGGCCAGAGUUCUUCUCACCUUUGCCUAUAUGGUAUUGAGGAUCCACAGAGCCACCAUAGAACUCGCCGAAGUCCAGUCUUCAAACUCAUGACUCUUCUCAUCUGGUUUCAAUAUGGUUCCGUCGACGAAUCCAUACUUCUUCUUGACUCGCAACACUGUUCGCAUUGCUUGAGCUCAUUCAUCAAAGUUGUCUCCAUUGAAUUGCACUUGUGCAAUCACAGCUCAUGGGUUUUCAUUGGCGGCCAAUUAGUAAAUCGGUCCCAUGUCUUCCUUCUCUCCACCGGCAAUCGCUGCCAUCUCUUUCUUCUCUCCACUCUGGUUUUCUCCUUCGUUUUUAGAUCUGCCGGUUUUAGUCAUCAUGGCUCUGAUACCAUGAACAAAGAAAGAUAUGGUGGAAGAGUUUCUUGA